CUCAUCAACCAAAAAACAAAAAAGAUUAGUUUCGGAGAGAAAAUAAUUAAAAGUAAAUAAUAAUAGGAACGAAGCCAAAGCGAAAACGAACUUUCUUCUCCCUUGUUCCCUUCCGCCUUUUCUUCCUACCCUCCCCUCCUUCCCCUCUCCUCGUUUUCAAUUUCCUUCGAAGGUCGUCCGCUCUUCCCAUCGCCGGCUAUAUCAAUCAGGUAAAUUCUGCCUCCUAAUGUCUUGAUUUCUCCGGCUGAGCCAUGAGCGCUUCUUCUUUUCCCUUAAUUUCCGUGGUUCACUUUAUUAUUGGCGGUGUAAUUGGCAACUUGCCUACGUUUGCUUGUUGCUUCCUGCUUAGCAAUUUCGAUGAUGACCCUUUGCAGCUGUAACAGUUUCAGGAGGAAUUUUGGAUUUAAACUUGUUCCUUUUUUUGUUUGAUUGCUUGUUUCAGAUCCUUUAGGGACGAUCGAAGUAGUUUAAAAUAAUGAAAUUAUUAUAUUUGGUGAUGAAUCUGGAAUCUGAUUUCUCCGCGGAUGUGCUUCGCCCCUUUUGUGGUCUUCUGUAAACUUGGCAUUGUGGUGCUGAACGGGAGCAGUCUUCUGGACUGUAUCUCUAAUAGCACUUGGGUUCUCAGGGUUCUUCAUUUGAUUCUUCCUCGGAAGAGAAACUAACAGAAACAGAGAGAGAACUCUACUUGGGAAUGCUGCAUGAUGUGCCUAACUUCUGAGAACUCAGUCUCUCAAGGCAAUGACCAUGUGGCUUCCAUUGUCUUCUUUCCCUUCUUCACAUUUGAUGAGACUGGUACUGGAAAUUCUGCUUCUUUAACUGGUUGCAGUAGUCGCCCCGAUGGUAAUGGUUCCAAUAUCUGCUACAGAGUUCCGAAUAUAAAGACGAUGCUAGACUUUUCUGAAGACGGUUGAUUAAGCCCCACUUCAACUGCUAGUAGUUUGGAUUACUUUGGGGAUUUCGUAAUAUUUGGCUUGACAGACAGGGUAGUAGUUUUUUUUCUUCGAGUGUGUGCUUGUAUUAUUAGCUUGGGGGAUGGAUCAUAAACCGAGUGUGUUGACUGCAAGAUACGAGGUCGGGAGGUUACUUGGUCAAGGGACUUUUGCUAAGGUGUAUUUUGCAAGGAGCAUUACAACAAACCAGAGUGUAGCAAUUAAAGUGAUUGAUAAAGACAAGGUUUUGAAAGUUGGGCUUGCUGAUCAAAUCAAGAGAGAAAUUUCCGUGAUGAGAAUUGUUAGACAUUCGAAUGUCCUUCAGCUUUAUGAGGUCAUGGCAACCAAAACCAAAAUCUUCUUCAUCAUGGAAUAUGCAAAAGGAGGUGAGCUCUUCAACAAGGUUGCUAAAGGAAGGUUGAAGGAAGACGCUGCUCGGAAGUACUUCCAACAACUGAUCAAUGCUGUUGAUUUCUGCCACAGCAGGGGUGUUUACCAUCGGGACAUUAAGCCAGAGAAUCUGCUGUUAGAUGAAAAUGAGAAUCUAAAGGUUUCGGAUUUUGGAUUAAGUGCUCUUGCUGAAUCCAGGCGCCAAGAUGGUUUACUUCAUACUACCUGUGGAACUCCUGCAUAUGUUGCUCCUGAAGUUAUUAACAGGAAAGGGUAUGAUGGAGCCAAAGCUGAUAUCUGGUCUUGUGGGGUGGUUCUAUAUGUGCUAUUGGCAGGUUAUCUGCCAUUUCAUGAUUCGAACCUGAUGGAGUUGUACAGGAAAAUCACUAAAGCUGAAUUCAAAUGCCCUAAUUGGUUUGCCCCAGAAGUUAGAAGACUUUUGUCCAAGAUACUGGAUCCAAAUCCCAUUACAAGGGUAUCCAUGGCCAAGAUUAAAGAAAGUUCCUGGUUUAAGAAAGGAUUGAACUCCAACAAACAGAGAAAACUGGAACAAACUGAAACCCAAGCUAUGGCUCCUUUGAGUAGAGAUGGAUCAGGUCCUUCUAGCAAUGGUAGCAGCAUGCCCUCCGAGGAAGCAAAACAAGAACAACCGAUGAAACCUUCAAACUUGAAUGCAUUUGAUAUAAUCUCUCUCUCACCUGGGUUUGAUCUAUCUGGACUCUUUGAACACGAUUUACUGAGAAGAGAAACCAGGUUUACUUCUAGACAGCCUGCAUCGGUCAUAAUAUCUAGACUUGAGGAUACCGCCAAGCUUCUGAAAAUGAAGGUGAUGAAGAGAGAACCAGGGCUACUGAGGAUGGAAGGAGUGAAGGAGGGUAGAAAGGGUUUGUUGACCAUUGAUGCUGAAAUCUUUGAAGUUGCACCUAACUUUCAUUUGGUGGAAGUGAAGAAAUCAAAUGGGGAUACAAUGGAGUAUCAGAAGGUAGUGAAAGAUGGCAUGCGAUCUGCACUGGAUGAUAUUGUCUGGGUUUGGCAGGGUGGAAAGGAACCACCCCAGCAGCAGGAAGAAGCACAGUAUCUUCCACCGCCACUGCAACAGCAACAGCCGCUGCAGCAAUAAUACAGUGACCAGAAUAGCUCAGCAACUCACUCUAGUCCUUUGGCGAGAUACUCGCCGCUGAUUGGCAGUUUCUCCGAAAUCUCAUCUCUGUAUAAUUUUGUGAAUUGGCAAAGCUCUUCACUUUUUGUUGUUGUGUUCAUUUGUUUGUGUCCCCUUUUUGACGUUUUGCUGUGCUUCAGCUUUAAUGUAUGUAUCUGGAAUACCCCGAAACUCUUGUAUUGAUAACUGCGUUAUCGAAUCUAUAUGGUGAAGUAUAAAAGGCAGUUACAAUA